AUGACUCCUCCAGUCUGGACUCUGGUGCUGCUGAUGGGGGCUGCCUGGGGCCGGGAGAAGCCUCCAGACCGGACUCUGGUAGUUCACAGCUCUAGGGGCAACAACAUUCUCACCCAGUGUGAUUUCGAGGAUGAGUCUAAACCCCUCUGUGACUGGUCUCAAGCGUCCACAGAUGAUGGGGACUGGAUUCGAGCCAAUGGGUCCUCCCCCACUGGCACCACUGGGCCCCCUGGGGGGUACCCUGAUGGAGAGGGCAACUACCUGCACAUGGAAUCGAACUCCUUCCACCGGGGUGGAGUGGCCCGCCUGCGCAGCCCUUACCUAUGGGUGCAAGGGCCCCUCUGUGUGCACUUUGCCUACCAUAUGUUCGGGCUGUCGUGGGGAGCCCAGCUCCGACUGCUACUGGUCCCGGGUGCACAGGGCAAGCGCACCGGUGUCCUCUGGAAACACAGGAACACACAGAGCCCCUCUUGGAUGCCCACUGCUGUCACCGUGCCCAUAGGAUUCGGCCUGCCCAGCCGGCUGGUAUUUGAGGGAACCAGGGGCAGCACUGCCUACCUGGACAUCGCUCUGGAUGCCCUCUCUAUCCGCCGGGGCUCCUGCAAUCGGGUCUGUAUCAUGCAAACGUGCAGCUUUGAUACUCCAAAUGAUCUCUGUGGCUGGAGCUGGGUCCCAACUGCCUCUGGGGCCAAAUGGAUCCAGAAAAAGGGACCAUCUGGGAUGCCAGGCAUGGGGCCCAGUGAUGACUUCUCUAACCCCGGCAGUGGCUACUACAUGCUCCUGAGCCCAAAGAAUGCAAGACCCAUGCAGAAAUCUGUCCUCCUGAGCCCUCUGAGCCAUUCCUCCGGCUGUCUGAGCCUUUCCUUCCACUACACCCUCUGGGGCCAAUCUCCUGGCGCAGCCCUAUACGUCUAUGCUUCAGUCUUGGGCAGCAUCCGGAAACACUCUCUCUUCUCAGGACAACCCAGACCCAAAUGGGAGGCUGUUUCUGUCAAUUACACAGAACAGGGACAGAUACAGUUCACUGUGGUGGGCGUGUUUGGAAAGAUCCCAGAGCCAGCUGUGGCAGUGGAUGACAUCAGCAUCGCUCCUUGUGGGGAGAGCUUCCCUCGAUGUGACUUUGAAGAUGAGGCCCAUCCCUUCUGUGACUGGACCCAGACAUCAAGGGAUGGUGGACACUGGACCCAGGGACAUAAAAAUAUACCCUUCCAAAGCAUAGGCCCCUCAGAUUUCCUUGGAGGUGAGGACCCCUCAAGGGAUCACUAUAUCUACCUUGAAACUGACAAGUUCUCCAAGGCAGGGCAGUCUGUCAGACUGGUGAGCCGGCCCUUCUGUGCCCCGGGUGACAUCUGUGUGGAGUAUGCUUAUCACAUGUAUGGCCUGGGAGAAGGCACUACGCUGAAGCUCCUGUUGGAGAGUCCUGCAGGCAGCACCCCAGUUUCUCUCUGGAGCCGUGUUGGGUCCCAGAGCCCUGACUGGCAGAACACCUCCAUCACCAUCCCUUCAGGACAUCCACAGCCCAUGCAGCUGAUUUUUAAGGCCAUCAGGGGUACAAACACCGCCUUUGUUGUCGCAUUGGGUUACAUCUUGAUCAAUCAUGGGUCUUGUCGAGCACAAGCACCAACAGUGCCUCCUGCCAAAUCUCCAGUUUCCCCUACUGAACCUUCUGGAACCAUUGUCCUCACAGAAAAACUCAUCAUCCACACAGAGACAACUACAGUCCCCACAGAAAAACCCACCAUCCCCAUUGAAGAGACAACUGUCCCCAAAGAAAAACCCACCGCCCCCACUGAAGUGUCCACUGUACCCACAGAAAAGUUCACCAUCCCCACUGAAGUGACCACUAUCCCCACUGAAAAACCCACCAUCCCCACUGAAGUGACCCCUGUCCCCACAGAAAAACUCAAUAUACUCACUGAAGUGACAAAUGUACCCACAGAAAAACCCACCAUCCCCACUGAAGUGACAACUGUCCCCUCUGAAAAACCCACCAUCCCCACUGAAUUGACCACUGUCCCCACAGAAAAACUCACCAUUCCCACUGAAGUGACCACUGUCCCCACAGAAAAAUCCACCAUGCACAUUGAAGUGAGCACUGUCCCCACAGAAAAAUCCACCAUACACAGUGAAGUGAGCACUGUCCCCACAGAAAAACCCACCAUGCACACUGAAGUGACCACUGUCUCCACUGAAAAACCCACCAUAUCCACUGAAGUGACCACUAUCCCCACAGAAAAACCCACCAUGCACACUGAGGUGAGCACUGUCCCCACAGAAAAACCCACUGUCCCCACAGAAAAACCCACCACGCACACUGAAGUGACCACUGUCCCCACAGAAAAACCCACCACACACACUGAAGUAACCACUGUCCUCACAGAAAAACCCACCAUGCACCCUGAAGUAACCACUGUCCUCACAGAAAAACCCACCAUCCUCACUGAAGUGACCACUGUCUCCACAGAAAAACCCACCAUGCACCCUGAAGUAACCACUGUCCUCACAGAAAAACCCACCAUCCUCACUGAAGUGACCACUGUCUCCACAGAAAAACCCACCAUCCCCACUGAAGUGACCACUGUUCCCACAGAAAAACUCACUCUCCUUACUGAAGUGACCACUGUCUCCACAGAAAAAUCCACCAUCCCCACUGAAGUGACCCCUGUCCCCACAGAUAAACUCACCAUCCCCACUGAAGUGACCACUGUUGCCACAGAAAAAUCCACCCUCAUCAGUGAAGUGACCACUGCCCCCACAGAAAAAACUACUGUCCCCACUGAAAAGACCACUGUCCCCACAGAAAAACCCACCAUCAUUACUGAAGAGACCACUGUCCCCACAGAAAAAACCACCAUCCUCACGGAAAAGACCACUGUCCCCACAAAAAAACUCACAGUCCCCACUGAAAAGCCUACUGUCCCCACCAAAGAGACCACUAUCCCAACCAAAGAGCCCACUGUCCCCACUGAAAAACCCACUGUCCUCACAGAGACAACUACAGUCCCCACAGAAAAACCCCUCAUCCUCACAGAAAAACCAACUAUCCCUACCCUCUCUAUUAAGAAGCCCACCAUUCCCACUGAAAAGCCCACUGUUCCCACUGAAAAACCUACCAUCCCCACUGAACAGACCACGGUCCUCACCGAGCAACCAACUGCUACCCCCAGAGACCUCACUGUCUCCACUAGAAAGCCCACAACUACUGUGACACCCCUGACCAGUGUAACCCUGGGCAACACCUCAACCCCCGGACCUGCUACAGAGAGCUGCCCCCCAAAUGCCCACUAUGAACGCUGUGCUUGCCCUGCUUCCUGCAUGAACCCCAGGCCCAGUUGCGGGUUCCUCUGCCGGCGGGGCUGUGUCUGCAAUCCUGGCUUUUUAUUAAGUGACAACCACUGUAUCAAUGCCUCUUCUUGCCGUUGCUUCUACAACAACCACACCUAUCAGACUGGGGCAGAGUGGUUUAGCCUCAACUGCACAGAACAUUGCCGCUGCUGGCCUGGCAAUCAGAUUGAGUGCCAGAGCUCUCAGUGUGGGGCACAUACAGUGUGCCAGCUGAAAAAUGGCCAAUAUGGAUGCUACCCCUAUGGCAUUGCCACCUGCUUGGUCUAUGGAGACCCUCAUUAUGUCACCUUUGAUGGGAGGCACUUUGACUUCAUGGGCAGAUGCACUUACAUCUUGGCCCAACCCUGUGGCAACUCAACAGGUCCAUUCUUCAGGGUGACAGCAAAGAAUGAGGGAUGGGGACAGGAAGGUGUGUCCUGCCUGAGCAAAGUCCAUGUGACCCUGCCUAAGACCACCAUCACCUUGCUCAAGAGCAGAGACACGCUGGUUGGGGGUCAGCGAGUCACCCUCCCAGCCAUACCUUCUAAAGGUGUCUUCCUGGGUGUAAGUGGGCGAUUUGUGGAGGUGCAGACAGAGUUUGGAUUGUGGGUCAGAUGGGAUGGUGACCAGCAGCUGUUUGUGACUGUGUCCAGCACCUAUUUUGGCAAACUCUGUGGUUUCUGUGGAAACUAUGACGACAACAUCAACAAUGACAACCUGAAGCCGGAUGGCCGCCCAGCCAAAGAUGAGGAGGAGCUGGGGCAAAGCUGGCAGACAGCAGAAGACGAGGAUAGGGAGUGUCAGAAGAACCAGGCAAAUCCCCCAUCUUGUGACUCAGCCUUGCAGAGUAUUAUGUCAGGACCAAAGUUCUGUGGACGACUGGUCGACCCUCGUGGCCCAUUUGAGGCAUGCCUGCCUCACCUGAAGGCUACUUCCUUCUUCGACAGCUGCAUGUUUGACAUGUGCAACUUCCAGGGCCUACAGCAGAUGCUGUGUGCCCACAUGUCAGUCAUGACCACAAGCUGCCAGGAUGCUGGCUACAUCGUGAAGUCCUGGAGGCAACCCCAUUUCUGCCCUCUGUCCUGCCCACCCAACAGCAAGUACUCCAUGUGUGCCAAGCCAUGCCCUGAAACCUGCCACUCAGGAAACUCUGGCAUGUUCUGCUCAGGCCGGUGUGUGGAGGCCUGUGAGUGCAACCCGGGCUUUGUUCUCAGUGGCCUCGAGUGCGUCCCCCAAUCCCAGUGUGGAUGCCUUGACCACAAAGGGAGGUACUUCAAGGUUGGAGAGCAGUGGUACAAGCCAGGCUGCCGACAGCUCUGUAUAUGUGAAAACAACAACAAAAUUCGCUGCUACCUCUGGAGGUGUAAGGCCCAGGAGGCCUGUGGCUAUCAGGAUGGCACCUAUGGCUGCCAUGCCCAAGGGGCUGCCACCUGCACUGCCUCAGGUGACCCCCACUACCUGACAUUUGAUGGAGCCCUACACCACUUCAUGGGCACCUGCGCCUACAUCCUGACGCGGCCUUGCUGGCUCAGGUCUCAAGAGAACUAUUUUGUUGUGAGUACCAGCAAUGAGAACCGCGGGGGGAUCCUGGAGUCCUCCUUCGUCAAAGCUGUCCAUGUGCAGGUUUUCAAUCUCCGAAUCUCGCUGCUCAAAGGCUCCAAGGUCAUGGUGAAUGGCCAUCGGGUAGCCCUACCCAUGUGGCCUUUGCAAGGCCGAGUAACCCUGAGGGUCAGUGGCUCCUUUAUCCUUCUCUAUACAAACUUUGGGCUUCAGGUUCGCUAUGAUGGGAUCCACUUGGUGGAAGUGACAGUGCCCUCAUCCUAUGCGGGCCGGCUCUGUGGUCUGUGUGGGAAUUACAACAACAACAGCUUGGACGACAACCUCCGCCCAGAUAAAAAGCCUGCAGACAACUCCAUCCAGCUGGGGGCCUCCUGGAAGUUGCCUGAGUACUCUGAACCUGGCUGCUUCCUCAUGGGGGGAAGUCCCUACAGCUGCCAAGAGGACAGCAUGGCAAACACCUGGAAUAAGAACUGUGAGAUCUUAAUGAACCCUCAGGGACCCUUCUCACAGUGCCACCAGGCCGUACCCCCACAGACCAGUUUCACCAGCUGCAUGCAUGGCCAGUGUGGGACCAAGGGUGACACCACAGCCCUGUGCCACUCCCUGCAGUCCUAUGCAUCUUUGUGUGCCCGGGCUGGCCAGGCCCUUGCCUGGCGGAAUAGCACCUUCUGCCCUCUAAAGUGCCCACCCGGCAGUAGCUACAGCCCCUGUACCAGACGCUGCCCAGCCACCUGCCUCAGCCCGAGCACUCCAGGGGACUGCCCAGCCUCUCUGCCCUGUGCCGAGGGCUGUGAAUGCCAGAAGGGCCACAUCCUGAGUGGAACCUCCUGUGUGCCCCUCAGCCAGUGUGGCUGCAUCGACUCAAGAGGCUUCUACCACCUGGUUGGGGAGAGCUGGUACCCAGAGAGUACCUGCUCUAAGCUCUGCACCUGCUCCAUUCACAACAAUAUCACCUGCCUCCAAACCACCUGCAAACCCAAUGAGAUGUGCUGGUCCCUGGAUGGACUGCUCCGCUGUCGGGUUUCAGGUGUGGGGGUGUGCCGAGCCUCGGGGGAAGCGCAGUAUCUGAGCUUUGAUGGCAGUGAACACUCUAUCCAGAGCACUUGCACACACGUCGUGUUCAAAGUGUGCCACCCCAAUAUGGACCUGCCUUACCUCAAGAUCAGUGCCAAGAACAAGAAGCUGGAAGAUGAAGCUGAGGGUUUCCAGCUUCACCAGGUUUACAUUGACAUCAACAAUUCCCAGGUCACCCUGCAAACAGGCCACAAUGUGCUGAUCAACGGUAAACAGGUCACUCUUCCUGAGAGCUCCCAGAUCCCGGGGGUCAGCAUCAUUGCCAGUGGCAUCAACACCAUUGUCAACAUUAAGAUUGGAGCACAAAUCGUGUUUGCUGGCCAGGAUUUCUUAGAGAUCAGAAUGCCUGCAGCCUUUCAUGGAAAGGUCUGUGGUGUGUGUGGGAACUUUAAUGGCGAGGAAGAGGAUGAGCUAAUGAUGCCCAGUGAGCAGCUAGCCUGGAAUGAUGCAGAAUUUGUGAAGAGCUGGAAAGAUAAGGCCAUUGACCCAGAUUGCCAAGAAGAUGACCAGCAAGAGAACCUGAAUGAAAACUGCAGAGAGGCUGACCUCCGCAGGGCCCAGGAAAAAUGUGAGGCAGCCCUCAAGACUCCAGCCUGGGCCCAGUGUGCCUCCCGAGUGGUCCUCAAGCCCUUUUUGGUGGGCUGUGCCAAUAACCUCUGUGAGUUUGGAGGCCUAAACCAUGCCCUCUGCGAGGCUCUGCAAGCCUUUGGGACUGCCUGCCAGAGCCAGGGGCUCAAGCCCCCACUCUGGAGAAAUAGCAGCUUCUGCCCUCUGGAAUGCCCUGAUUACAGCAGCUACACCACCUGCCUUCCCCCUUGCUCACCUUCCUGCUGGGACCCGGAUGGCCAGUGUGAGGGUGCCAGAGUCCCCUCCGCCUGUGCAGAGGGCUGCAUUUGUCAGCCUGGUUAUGUGCUAAAUGAGGACAAGUGUGUGCCCAGAAGUCAGUGUGGCUGCAAGGAUGCCCAGGGCGGCAUCAUCCCUCCAGGUAAGACCUGGAUCACCAGUGGCUGCUCCGAGAGCUGUCUCUGCACAGGAGGAACCAUUCAGUGCUGGGCCUUCCGAUGCCCCUCUGGGUCCCACUGCCAGCUCAGCUCCAACCAUGGCAAUAGCAACUGUGCACCUGACAAGUCAGAACAAUGUUCAGUGUUUGGGGACCCCUAUUACCGCACGUUUGACCGCUUCAACUACCGCUUCACGGGCCACAUGACCUACAUUUUGGUCAAGACAGUGGACAUACUCCCUGACGGGGUAGAGCACCUGCUUGUGGAGGGGCGCAACAAGAUGUAUCCACCCUGGAGCCCCGUCUUCUUGAACGAAGUGAUUACAACUGUCUAUGGCUACAAAGUCCAUCUCCAAGCCAGUCUACAGCUUGUGGUGAACAACCAAAAGAUGGCAGUCCCCUACAGUCCCAAUGAGCACAUGCGGGUCACCCUGCGGGGCCAACGGCUGUAUCUAGUCACCGACUUUGAAAUGGUCGUCAGCUUUGAUGGAAGGAACAGUGCAGUGAUCACCCUGCCCAGCAUGUACCAGGGGCUCGUGCAUGGCCUAUGCGGGAACUAUGACAAGAACCACAGGAAUGAGAUGAUGAUGCCCAGUGGCGCUCUCACUGAGAACUACAACACCUUUGGUAAUAGCUGGGAGGUGAAGACGGAAGACCCUGUUCUUCCGCUCUUCCGCUUCUCGAGGGCCUUGCCGGAGGAGGAGGAAGGAAGACGAAGAGGAGGAAGGGGAGCAGUGGGCUUCCAUGCAGCACCAUGCAGCCCAGAGCAGCUGGAGCUCAUCAAUAGCACCCAGGCCUGUAGGGUGCUGGUGGACCCCCUGAGCCCCUUUGCCGCCUGUCACCAGACUGUGGCCCCAGAGCCCUUCCAGGAGCACUGUGUGUUUGAUCUAUGCUCCGCCCAGGACCUCAGGGAACAAGAGGAGCGGCGCUGCCAGGUCCUCAGUGCUUAUGCUGUCCUCUGCCAGGAAGCAGGCGAGACCCUGGCCGGCUGGCGGGACCACACCCGAUGUGCCUUGGGGUGUCCAGCCAAUACCGUAUAUCAGAGCUGCAUGACGCCCUGCCCUGCAUCCUGUGCUGACCUGGCAGUCCCUGGGGACUGUGAGGGCCCCUGUGUGGAGGGCUGCGCCAGCAUCCCAGGCUACAUCUAUAGCGGCACUCAGAGCCUCCCACUGGCCGAAUGCGGUUGCACCAGUAAUGGCAGCUACUACCAGCUGGGUGACAGUUUUGUGACUGAGGACUGUUCUCAGCGCUGCACCUGUGCCCAUGCCAGGACGCUGCAGUGUGAGCCUUUCAGCUGCAGUUCAGGGGAGAUCUGCACCCUGGGAAACCUUACCCGGGGCUGCUUCCGAGAAAGCCCAUGUCUACAGAACCCCUGUCAGAAUGAUGGACAGUGUCAAGAGCAGGAAGUGGGCUUCACCUGUCAAUGUGAACUUGGUUAUGGGGGAGAACUCUGCACAGAGCCUCAGGAUUUCCCACCCCAUGAAAAGUCAGACUCAUCCAACUCUGUGGCUGUCCUAUUGGGAAUCCUGGUCCCUGCGGUGGUCGUAGUGUUGGCAGUGACCAGAGAGUGCGUUAACAGAGUGAGGAAGAGGAGGAGGGAGAAGUUAUGGAGCCACAACAGAGGUGGGCUGGCCGGAUUGGACACAGGUUUCCUUGGUUUUUCCUCAGGUAUCAUGCCAGAGUGUGCCUUCAAAGUCACUCAGUUUUGAGUUAUCU